AUGGAGACACCUAAGCCGAAACUCACCUUGUCCGACAUCACAAAGCACUACCCGGUGCUUGAGAUCAUUGUGCCUGAGCUCACUUCAAAGGAGCUUUAUGCCCUCGCACGCUCCUCGAAGCAAAACUGGAUGAACGUCAUGGCCAAGCCCACAUCUGCCCGUAACCUCAUGCUCAAGACGACAUGCGAUGGCGAAGGAGUGAAGUGGAAAUUGACCGUCACUGGCAUGCUUGACAUAGUCGGUGCUCACAAUGUUGCCAACCUGGGCCACCUUGGAUGUCAAACGCAAUCCAAUAAACUGUGCGAGCUUUGUGGCUUCAAGGUCUGCAAGGAGUGCAAGUUCAGUGAUGAUGAUGACGUCGAGGGAUUCCACUUUCAAGCACAGGACGGGCUCAUCUUCAACGGAAAACCAGUCACCGGCACCAUCCGCCACAGCGAUAUUAUGAACAAGGUAGCCUGCGAGGUCAAGGAUUGCGCCUGUGGUGCUCAGGCCCGCGAUGAGAAGCUCCACCAGUACUGUGCCCAGUGCCAUCGCUUGGUCCUGCCCACUGUGUACGAGAAGCGCAACAACCCGCCUCUGGAUCGCGCGGCAACGGUGAGUAGGCUGGCCCAGCUCUACCCCGGGGCCAAUGUCCUCAUCAUGUAA